UUUUUUUUGGUUUUGUUAAGAGCUUCCCGGUUUGUUUUUAGUUUGUAAUUUGGAAAGUUGGCUCGAAUUGCUGAGAAGCAAAACCCCAUGCACUUGACGGAACGUGCACUGAAAAAAAGUAAAGCCCCAAAUGAACCCGACACAGUCGGUCUUGCUUCCACGCUUCCCUUUGAAGACCAGGCUGCAGUGUCCAACAGAGACUCUACAGAAGGUGGAGAGCGUUGAACAGGAAAUGGCAGACAGGGUGAUAUUCUCGGUCCUCGCUGUGCUGCUCUGCUUCUCUGGUGCAGUGCUUGGACAACAACAGCCAGACUGCAGUCACUGCUAUAAGAUCGAACCCAGGGUCAUGGCUGGGAUCAUUGCCACGGACGUGGUUCUCACUGUCCUCAUCGUGGUCUUUGUCUAUUACUUGGCGAGCCGACAGAGGGAGAAGAAGGAAAAAGCUUUCAUGAAGAUCUUCAGUCUUCCAGUGGUGCUAAUUACACUUGCAGAAGUUCUGUCUCGCAUAACAGCAGACGUUCGGGGAAUGGAAAGGCGAGGUUCCUCUUCAGCAGUGCUGCUCAUUCUAACGGGGCUGUGUGGUUCUGUGCAUGGGCAGCAAAACUGCAAAUCCUGUUACCAGAUGGACAUGGGCACCAUUAUUGGGAUCAUCAUUGGAGACAUCAUCCUCACCUUCCUCAUCGCUCUCUCCGUCUUUUGCUUCGCCACCCGCAUCAAUGAGAGCCGCCUGGAGGCACUGAAAGAAGAUGAGGUCAGUCGGACAGCCAGGGCCAAGGGGAAAAGUGACAUCAAGAUGAAAGGAAAGGUGUCUGCAGACACAGAGUCCCCAUACCAGGAGCUUCAAAGACACAAACAAGACAUCUACAGUGACCUGAGGCAAUGCAACCAAUAAGGAGAAAAAGCAAAUAAAUAAAAUAAGAUCAAUUUCUCUGCAUAAUCAAUUUUUAGAUUUGCCCUGUGCAAGCAACAGGGCUUCCCAUGCUCAUUUAUAGUGUUAUCAGGUAGUUUUUUUGUGUGAUAGCAGGUGGCAAAAAACAAAGCUUGACUUUUCAUUUAUUGCAAUGUUUUACUUGCUCUCUUUAGACUCUGCAGAGCUUGUCUUGAAAGCAGUCCCGAGAUUGAAAAUCUCACACCCAUACAAUGUACUUUUCUAUGCCAAUAUGAGUAAGUACUAUGUCUUUAGUGCGUGUAUAAACCUGUAAAACUGCUCAGUUGGAAGAGAAACAUUUAAAUUAACAACGUAUAAAUGUUCAAUAAAUGAACCUCACACUUUGCAUUUUACUAAUUUUGUAACAAGCUAAGGAAACACAAAGACACUUUUAAAGGAACAGUAGCCCUAGUUCCAGGAGACCAGGACUUUGAGGCAACCUUGCUAUAUGUGUGCCAUGGAGUGCCUGAAACCAGCCUCUUUGCAUUUGAUUAACACCAAGUCAGCACACUUUAAUCGGACUGUUUUAUUUUAUAAUGAGAAUAGUCAGUAAAUGUUGCAUAUUCCUUUAAAAAUCUUUUUAGAUCUUUGCUCCUGUACAUACACAGAACAGAGAAAUAGGGAGGCUUGUGCUUCCUGUUGCAAAAUAUUAUUUAUAAAGCAACACUGUUCCCUUUUCUUCUGUGAAGACAAGUUUCCAUUCCCUGUACUCAAUCCAAGAGGAACUUGGCAGUCAUAAAAUAAAUAUACAUAUAAUAAAACAAA